AUUCGUUUUAUUCUUUCUCUUCUCUUCUUCUCCGAGGAAAAUAAUUAGUACUAGUAGCAAUUAAAUUUUUUUUAUUUUUCUAUGAAAUUUCUGGUUAUUGCUCUAUCCACAAUUCCUUCGCCUCUAUAUAAAUCUCACUUGUCAUCCCCCCGUCUCCUUGUGCCUAUGUCCACAGAUUUUCUCAGAUCACCAACAAACAUUCUCAAAGCCAUCUUUUUUAACCCUCCCAAAACUCCUAAGAUUCAACCUUUAGCCAUGGCAGCCUGUAUUCACACUUCAAGAGCAGAGAAUUCUAGGACCAGCUCACUUUCUUGCGAUCCAAACGGGUCCCAAAUUGAUGAUCGUGUCUGCAAUUACAUAAAAUACUGCAGACCUAAUUUUUCUGACCUUGUUUCUUGUGUGCCCAAUUCUGAGAAUCAUUCAAAAAGCAUACGCAUCCCCGAAGAUUUGGGCAGCUUUGACCCUGUUCAAAAUCAGGAUGAUUUAUGGGUGAGGAUGAAAAAUGAGGCAAGAUCAGAUAUUUUGCAGGAACCUAUCUUGUCAAAUUUCUAUGUUAAUUCUAUAUUGGCACAUGAUUCCUUGGAAAGUGCAUUAGCUAAUCAUCUUUCUGUUAAAUUGAGCAAUUCUGGGACUCUUCCUAGUGGUACGUUGUUUGAUCUUUUCUUAGGUGUUAUAGCUGAGGAUAAGGAAAUUAUUAGAGCUGUCAAGGAUGAUUUGAGAGCAGUUAAGGAAAGAGACCCUGCUUGUAUCAGUUAUGUGCACUGUUUCUUGAAUUUCAAAGGAUUUUUAGCCUGCCAGGCUCAUAGGGUGGCUCAUAGUUUGUGGUCUAAUGGGAGGAAAAUAUUGGCACUGUUGAUACAGAACAGAGUAUCUGAAGUUUUUGCGGUGGAUAUUCAUCCUGGGGCAGAUAUUGGUAGGGGAAUAUUGCUUGAUCAUGCUACCGGCGUUGUUAUUGGAGAGACUGCGGUGAUUGGAAAUAAUGUUUCAAUCUUGCACAAUGUGACCCUUGGGGGCACUGGCAAGGCAUCUGGAGAUAGGCACCCAAAACUUGGUGAUGGGGUGUUAAUUGGUGCUGGUACUUGUGUCUUGGGGAAUGUUAGAAUUGGAGAUGGGGCUAAAAUUGGCGCUGGUUCAGUUGUGCUCAAGGAGGUGCCUGCUAGGACUACUGCUGUUGGAAAUCCAGCAAGGUUGGUUGGAGGAAAGGAGAACCCCAUUAGGCUUGACAAGAUGCCCAGUUUAACCAUGGACCACACCUCACAUAUAUCUGAGUGGUCUGAUUAUGUUAUCUAGAUUCUGGGUAUAUUUAUAUACAUGUGCUUGUAGUUGGCAAGCAGGAGGAGUUGAGUAUUGAACUUGUCAUCUUGAUAGUUAAAGUCAAGAUGGUUCUCUAGCGCCAACCCUUACUGUAGAAUGUUUUUUACAUUGUUCCCAUCUAGGUCUUUGUUUGAUUAGUCCCAGGGAACGUAACUCCUCUCUGUCUUAUAUUUCUAAGAGAGAACCUAAGUUCUCCAAUUCAUGUACCAAGGCCUGAUAAGAUUGCAAGUUUGGCCACGGACAGUAUAUCAGAUAUCUCUGAUUGUCAUGGAUGAAAUGGUAUUUCAAUUUUGCUGAUCUC